AGCUCGCUCCCGCUCUCUCUCUCCCCUUCUCUUCCGCGCGAGCGGGCACGCGGGCUCCCGUCCCGGCGCGUGCCGCGGCGGCUCCACCGCAGGGCCCGUUGCGGGCUCUAUCCCGGGGUCCGGGGCCGUUUGCGAGGCGACAUGCUGAGGCGGAGUGUGGACAGCCGGGACGCCCAGACCAGACAAAUGCAAGAUGCGGUCUCCAACGUGGAGAAGCACUUCGGAGAGCUGUGCCAGGUCUUCGCGGGGUACGUGCGUAAAAAGGCCCGGCUGCGGGACAAGGCCGACCUCCUGGUGAAUGAAAUCAACGCCUACGCCUCCACCGAAACGCCCAACUUAAAGCACGGCCUCAAGAACUUUGCUGAAGAGUUUGCUAAACUUCAGGAUUAUAGGCAAGCCGAGGUUGAAAGACUUGAAGCCAAAGUAGUUGAACCUUUGAAAACUUAUGGAACUAUUGUGAAAAUGAAACGGGAGGAUCUCAAAGCAACUCUAACAGCAAAGAAUCGAGAAGCUAAGCAGUUAACUCAACUAGAAAGGACACGUCAGCGGAAUCCAUCAGAUCGGCAUAUUAUAUCACAGGCAGAAACUGAAUUACAGAGAGCUACAAUGGAUGCUACCAGAACAAGUCGGCAUCUAGAAGAAACAAUUGACAAUUUUGAAAAGCAAAAAAUAAAGGACAUAAAGAAUAUAUUUUCAGAAUUUAUAACAAUUGAAAUGCUAUUCCAUGGCAAAGCUUUAGAAGUCUACACAGCUGCCUACCAAAAUAUGCAGAAGAUUGAUGAAGAAGAAGAUCUAGAGAUUUUUCGGAGCUCUCUUUAUCCACCUGACUACUCAACUCGUUUAGAUAUUGUUCGAGCAAACUCAAAAUCCCCGCUUCAGAGAUCUCUUUCUGCCAAGUGUAUAUCUGGAACAGCACAGCAGAUUCCCACCAGUCGGAUAAGAAAAGACCAACAAGAUGAUGAUGAAGAGGAUGAUGAUGAAUUAGAAGUUACAGAGGAAGAAAAUUAAUUUUAUAUGAGCUUUUUAACAGUUUCCCUCAGAAUCAUCAAGACUUCAAUUUACUAAAUUGUUUAGCUUAGCUUGUCAGUUGUCAAAAUUUUAAAACUAGGCAACAAUAUAUACCAUUAACAGAUACUUCAAAGAACCUACAAUUUUAAAAAGUAAAUGGCUUUUGAGGAUUUAUCCCCAAAAUGGAACAUGAUUAAAGAAAAUUUCUGUAGCCCAAAAAUUAAGUAGCUCAAAUAAAAAAUUUAAAAUAUACCUUUAGUUUCAUUCUUUUACCCAGGGUUAUAUUUGUUUAAAUAUCUUGAAAGCUUGUCAUUCAGAUGUUGUCAUACCACACAAAUAAAUACAAUUGCCAACAGAAUUACAUCAUUUUCUCUUGGUUUUGCAUGUAAGUUUCCAUGUCUUUGUUUUUAAAAAAAUUCAUGUUACUCCUUUUGAAUCAUUCUGACAAAUACCAUCCCAUAAAGUACUAGUUGUUUUACUUACCACUUACAAAAAUUGGAAGUUUUACUUGCAAAAUUAAUACCUUAAAUAGUUUAAAGGACAUGAGCAAAAGAAUUAAAAGGGUGUAAGGAAAUUGGUUUUUAUAUAUUUCACAAAAUAUGAAAUAGGGCAACCUUCAUGAUUUUAAAUAGCAGUUAUUACAGUGUAUGAUACUGACUUUAGAAAACCUGCUGUUCCCCAGAAGAGGCAAGCCCCUAGUAUAAAAGAACCUGAAAUUUAGAAAUUUCUAAAUAAAAUUUAUUACUGAUUCUUGUACCCAAAAAUAACAGUUAGGGACAUUAGAAUCAUAGGAUUUUAGUAUAUAUCUGUGACAUUUUUUCAUUUCCAAGAUUUCCUUUUAAGGAAAACAUAAAUCAUUUCAAUGAUUCAGAAAAGUUUUUUUUACCAAUUGUGAAAUUUAUUUCCUUUGGAAUACUAGAAAACCAACUAUUCACAACAUAAAAAUAAAGACUUUACAGAAAACUGUUGGUUUUGUGAUUUGAUUUUUAAUAAAGGUAACUGCCUCUGAAAUAUUACAAUUAGUAUAUAAUUCACAUAUUUUUAAUAUACCAUUGUAAAAAUGUUUAAAAGCUGAAAAUCUGAUGUAUAGUGCUAAAGAGUUAAUCUCCAUUGGAAACUCAUUUCUUUUCUACAUAUCUAAGCAGUGAAGUUCCCUCUUUCCCAUAUGACCUUCCAUUAAAAAAAUUCAUAAAUAAAAAAAUUUACAAAUUUUCUAUUUAACAUUUCUGGGGCUGUAGCAAGUUAUUUCACUGUUUUCAAAAAAGCUUCAAAAUUCUUUGGUGACAAUCUGAUCAAUUCAUUUUUCUUUAUAUAAAGUUAAUUAGUUCAAAGUCUUUUUCAGCUCUCAAAAUGUCUAACCAAGAUAAGUUACAUUUAGAUUUGUGGCAUUAUUUAUUUAGCUAUGAAAAUUAAAAAGUUAUUUUCAGAAGUUUUUUUCCCCCCAACAUUUUCUUCUCAAGGAUGCCAAGUUGUUGCAAAUCAAACAUUUGCCAAGCCCUUGUAAAUUGUACUUUUAAUCCUAACAUUCACUUCAAGGAGUACACUGCUUUUUUUUACCUAGUUUAAAAUGUUAUACACUAAAAAAAUCCUAUUUUUACCCUGUAAGACAUUUUUUGCUCAUUUGUUUUAAAAACAUAACAAAAUUCCUAUUUAAUUGAGGGUUGCUGAUGACUAUCUGUGCUUUAUAUUUUCAGUCACAGGUUUAUACUAAUCUCUGAUACCCAACAGAAAUCAGGGGGAGGGGGGGGGUGUUAGAAAGUUAACUAGACAAAACUUCCUAAUUCGUUAGUGUAUUAGUACGUCACUUUCAAUAGGCUUUC